GCGGCACUGGGCUGGAGGUGACCGAGCUCCUGGAGCGACCGCGGGCGGCAUGAGCGGCUGCGUGCUCUUCCUGCGCCGGGCGGCGGCGGCGCGAGCCUGCCGGGCUCUGGUGGCCCUCACCGCGGGCCGGCGGCCGCUGCGCACCAGUCCGCCCAGCCCGUCUUUCGCCAAGGAGCUCUUCCUGGGCAAAAUCGAGAAGAAAGGAGUCUUCCCGUUUCCAGAGGUUAGCCAAGAGGAGCUUAAUGAAAUCAAUCAGUUUGUGGGACCUGUGGAAAAAUUUUUCGCUGAAGAAGUGGACUCUCGGAAAAUCGACCGGGAGGGGAGAAUCCCGGACGACACCCUAGAGAAGCUGAAGAGCCUGGGCCUUUUUGGAAUGCAGAUCCCAGAAGAAUAUGGCGGCCUGGGUCUGUCCAACACCAUGUACGCGCGGCUCGGGGAGAUCAUCAGCCUGGACGGCUCCAUCACUGUGACCCUGGCAGCUCACCAGGCCAUCGGCCUCAAGGGGAUCCUCUUGGUCGGCAACGAAGAGCAGAAGGCCAAGUACCUGCCCAGACUGGCGUCGGGGGAGCACAUCGCAGCCUUCUGCCUCACCGAGCCGUCCAGUGGGAGCGAUGCCGCCUCCAUCCGGACCAGAGCCACGUUGAGUGAGGACAAGAAGCACUACGUCCUCAACGGCUCCAAGGUCUGGAUCACCAACGGAGGACUGGCCAGUAUUUUUACCGUGUUUGCGAAGACCGAGGUAGUGGAUUCCGAUGGCUCGGUGAAGGACAAAAUGACAGCAUUCAUAGUGGAAAGGGACUUUGGUGGAGUCACUAACGGGAAACCUGAGGAUAAAUUAGGCAUUCGGGGCUCGAACACCUGCGAGGUCCAUUUUGAAAACACCAAGGUCCCCAUUGAAAACGUCCUGGGAGAAGUCGGGGGCGGCUUUAAGGUGGCCAUGAACAUCCUGAACAGCGGGCGCUUCAGCAUGGGCAGCGUGGUGGCCGGCAUCCUCAAGAAGCUGAUAGAAUUGACCGCGGAGUACGCCUGCACGCGGAAGCAGUUCAACAAGAACCUCAGUGAAUUUGGGUUGAUUCAGGAAAAGUUUGCACUGAUGGCUCAGAAGGCUUACGUCAUGGAAAGCAUGACCUACCUCACCGCGGGAAUGCUCGACCAGCCGGAGUUUCCCGACUGUUCCAUCGAGGCGGCCAUGGUGAAGGUGUUCAGCUCCGAGAGCGCCUGGCAGUGCGUCAGCGAGGCGCUGCAGAUCCUGGGGGGCUCGGGCUACAUGAAGGACUACCCCUACGAGCGCAUGCUGCGCGACGCCCGCAUCCUCCUCAUCUUCGAGGGGACCAACGAGAUCCUGCGGAUGUUCAUCGCCCUGACGGGCAUGCAGCACGCCGGCCGCAUCCUGACCGCGAGGAUCCACGAACUGAAACGGGGCAACGUGAGCACCAUCGUGGAGACCGUGGGCCGCAGGCUCCGGGACUCUCUGAGGCGCACGGUGGACCUGGGGCUGACGGGUGACCUCGGGGCCGUCCACCCCAGCCUGGCGGAGAGCGCCAGCAAGCUGGAGGAGAACGUCUACUACUUCGGCCGCACCGUGGAGACCCUGCUGCUCCGCUUCGGGAAGAGCAUGGUGGAGGAGCAGCUGGCCAUGAAGCGGGUGGCCAACGUCCUCAUCAACCUGUACGGCAUGACGGCCGUGCUGUCCCGGGCCAGCCGUGCCAUCCGCGUCGGACUCCGGAACCACGACCACGAGGUCCUGCUGGCCAGCAUGUUCUGCACGGAGGCCUACGUCCAGAACCUCCUCAGCCUGUCCCAGCUGGACAAGUACGCUCCAGAAAACCUUGACGAGCACAUUAAGAAAGUGUCCCGGCAGAUCCUGGAGAAGCGCGCCUACCUCUGUGCCCACCCCCUGGAGAGCACGUGCUGAUUCUAGGACCGCGUCCCUGCCCGGCCAAGCCGGCACCGACAGCCCUGCCCCGAGGUGGAGGCCACGGGUGGUCCCGGGCCCAGCCGUCCCCCGGGGCCCGCCGGCUCCCUCCGCCCUGUCGCGCCUCAGCUGGUUCUGACCUCAGGCCCUGCAUCCAGGGACGUGGGGCUUCCGAACAGGGACAGGGACCAGGACGGGAGCUGCGUCAGGGAGCUCGUGGGAAUCGGGCAGGGGCAGCUCGCUCGCUGCGUCCUUGUCACCCAAACUCGGAGCACAGUGCCCUCCCAGCUCACGUCAGGGACGCUCAACAGAAAGGAAUAUAAAGUGCCGCGGUCUCUGUCCCUCCCGCCUCGCUGUGCUGGUCACGUUCGUCCACAGAGCUGGCCGUUAGGGGGCCUGCGUGCUCCUGAGAACCUCCUGGCGCCCUCCGUCCUCACCGCGUGAGACGGGCCCUGAGCACAGAGGUCAGUGUCUGGCCACAGCCUCGGGGCUCAAGAAGCGUCCUGGCCGAGCCCUGGUCCUGGAUCCUCCCUCGCGGGCCCAGUGUGCGCUUGUCCCCGCUAGGGUCUUGGCAAGGAUGGCUUCCGCCCCUGAGGACAGGGCGGGACAGCAGGCUCGCUGCUCCUCCAGCCUGCUUCCUGCCAGUGCAGGACGCGGAGUCCCAGCGCCUCAUCUGCGGGCCUUCAGCUCCUGUCAGCCCUGGUGACUUGGGCGCCGGGCACUCUGCUGUGAGGGCAGGAGUGGCCACAGGAAGCCGGAUGGCUGAGGGGGACGGGCUCAGGGAGCGCUCUGCCAGUUGGGGUAACAUCUUCUGAAGGGGAACAUCGAUAAGUAUCGUGACUUUGGAAAUGACUUUCCAGUGGAACCUAAAGUCUUUUUUUUUUUUU